GGCAAUCGUACUUCCGCCGGAAGAAGGUCACACAAAUGAGUGCAGCCCAGUGAAGAUGAAUCACGGUGGCUCUUCUACAGAGCUCUGUUAGAAGUGGCAUUGUGUAUUAGAAUCUAUAUGUACGCUAAUGUGCGUUAAAAAUGAAGACAGUCCCUACCAGGGACGAAAGAAUAAAAUACCGGAAGAAGGUCAAUAGGAAGCGUCCGUAUACCCGGAAGGAUCCCCGUGUGAGUCUCUGCUGUCCUGGCAGCCAGUUACAGUUGCUUGGGUGAGAUGGUGCCGUUAAAUCGCGACUUUCACAACUAAAUCUGGGAGGAUAAAUUUAUAUUCCACUGGAUCCAGAUUAUUAGUGUUUCAAGAUGGAAUCCGAUAAAUCCCUGCUCUCUACAGAGCUGAAUGAAGAGAUGGAAGAAGCUCUGUAUGAGCAGAUGUUGUUACAGGCUAAACAAGAAAUACAAAGCAGACUUCCAAAUCCACCAGACUCUAAACAAAUCCGUCCCCAGCCAGGUUUCUGCAUUAAAACACGCACAUCUAAAAAUGCAAAGAUCUUCAUUAACAUCUGCAAGUCCAGCCAGAUACCGGCACCCCCAGACCUCAGUGAGCAGGAGUUGGUCACCAUCCUGGAAUCGGAUGAUCCCUCUGGCUAUCGUGUCCCCAUGAGCAUCGGAGAGCCACACGUCGAAGUAGAUAACAGUGGUAGUGGUUGCACAGCCUAUGACCUUGUAAUAAACCAUUCUUUUUUUGACAAGAUUAAGAGUAAUGAGUUGUUCAAGGAGUUCUUUAUCACUGUGGCAAUGGAAGGACUUGAGAACAAGUAUGAACUGGAGCUCUCUAGAGAAUGGCGAAUGUUGAAGAAUAGAAAGUUCAUGGGCUCCAUCUCUGAGCAAAAUAUCAGAACAAAAUCCAAACCUAUGAUCCAGGAGAUGGACACAAGGUCCACACAGCUUCCUCCAAGCAAGUCUUUAAUUUCAGAAAUUCAAAGCUCACCAGUGGUACCUGAAUACUCCAUCAUGGCAGAACCUCCUGAAGGACACCCUGAAUUUUUGGUGGCUGAAAUCUCCAUACCUAAAGUGUCCUCUGUCAGAUCUAUCGUACUAGACCUGGGGGAAGACCGCAUUGUAUUGCUGGGACGUCCUGACUUGUACCAUCUGGACAUCUUCAUGCCUUACAACAUUGUCCAAGAAGAAAGUGGUGCCCAGUUCAAUAAGGACACAAAGGUGCUGACUAUCACAAUGCCAGUCCAGUCAUCUUAGCAGUGGGCACUGCGUUAUCUGGUUUUGAAAAUAUGUCCUGUAUAUCGAUCCAGUGGAUCCAGCUUGGAAAAACUCUCAUUUUACAUCUGUAUAAAGUGUUUUGUGUAUGAAAAGCUUUUUGGAGCACAAGCUGGAAGAGUACUGAAUGGAAUUGUGAUUUAGUGAUAUGCCUACUCCCACCAGUGUCACACCGAGCUGAUUAUAACACGACCUGUUUGUAUAUUUUG